AUGGCCAAGUUCAUCUAUAACGUAGAGAAGGUUCUGGCACUGGUAACUGCUGCUGUGACUUACUCAAAGCCUCAAUUGGCCACAUUUUGGCAGUAUGCGAAGGUUGAGCUGGUUUCCCCUCCCCCCUCAACCCCUGAUAAAAUCCCUACAGCUAUUCAGAGUGUGAAAAAAAUAAUUCAAAGUGCUAAAACUGGAACCUUCAAACAGCUUACAGUUAAGGAAGCUGUGCUGAAUGGUUUGGUGGUCACUGAGGUGUGCAUGUGGUUUUAUAUUGGAGACAUCAUAGGCAAAUAUGGCACCAUUGGCUACAGUGCUUGAAGACCAAUUUUUAACAUCUGAUUUUAU